CGUACUAUCCCGAGCAUGCGCAGUGCCUCGCGUUGAAAUAGUCACAUGUGGGUGUUUGUAGCUGAACACACGUGUGCACACCGGCUACCUCUCUGACUGUGGCUAAUCGCGACGCACAUCAUGGCAAAGACAGACACUCCCAGACGCAAAACAAGACAAAGUAAAGUUGUCGCAGAUGAAGUUGGAGAAGGGACCAUCACUGAAGAACAGACAAUGAUUGUCAGUUCAAGUGAACCAACUGUUGUCACUGAGGAUGCUGGCGCAGGGAGCACAGAGACGAAACAGGAGGAGAAGAACCAAGAUGAGCAAGAAUCUCAGAUGGACUGUGUUAUCGAAGUAAAGGGAAGCACAACCACUGUGGCUGUAUCCUGGGAGAAGACGAAUGAGGGAGAGGCUGAUGAUUCAGUAAAGGGAACUGAAUCUGAAAUGGCCACUGAAGAGAAUGAAAGUACAACCACAGUAACUGGGACAGAGAAGCCUGAAGGACAGAGCAUCUCCAUUCAACAGGACACCAAUGGAAAUGAACCGAUGGUUGUUGGAGUGAAAGCAGGGAAAUCAAGGAAACGGAAAAGCAAGGCACAAGCUAGUGAAGCUAAAGUUGAGACUUCUCCAGCAAAGAAAACAAAGCUCAUCAAUGACGGUUUUUGUCUUUAUGUUGGCAACCUGAACAACGCCAAAACAUUUGAAGAGGUGAAAGAUUCAUUAGCAAAAUACUUCAUGACACAAAGUCUUCUGUUUCAAGACAUCAGAUUAGACCGAUCCAAAAAACAUGCACAUGUAGAUCUGGCCUCCGAGAUGGACCUGACCAAAGCCUUGACCUUUAAUGGAGAGAUUAUCCUGGAGAAGCCAGUGAGGAUCGCCAAAGCAAAGGUCAAAAGUGCUGACGAGGUGAAAACACCGGUGGACAAAAAAGCUGCAAGAGAUGCCCGAUGUGUGUUCGUGAAGAACCUGCCAUUCACUGCAACAAAAGCAGACAUUCAGAAAAUUUUCCAAAAGGCCAUCAACGUCAGGUUUCCUGAUGGAGCUGAAGGACCAAGCAAAGGGAUUGCCUUUGUGGAGUUUAAAACUCCAGCCAUUGCCAAGAAUGUACAGAAGAAAAUGCAAGGAGCCAAGAUCGAAGAUCGAGUUUUAAUUGUGGACUCUGUCAAACGCACAGAUGAGACUAAAGUCAGCAAAGCUUCUGACGCCAAAAGCAUCACAAAAGCGGCUGCUCCUCCAAACAACACAUUAUUUGUGAGCAACAUGUCUUUCGAUUUGAAAGAAAAAACCCUCAAGAAAUAUUUUCAGAAAGCUAUUGACAUCAAAAUGCCUCUAAGCCAAGGCAAAUCCAAAGGAUAUGCGUUUAUUGAGUUCGCAACCGUGGCACAAGCUGCAAAGGCCUUAAAAAACACCCAAAACAUCAACGUCUUCAAGAGGACAAUGAAGGUGCAGUUCUAUGAAAUGAAAGCGGACCCAGCUAAGGCAAAAGUGAGUUUAAAGACGCUGAUAAUAGGGAACCUUUCUGAGAAAACCACUGCAGAGACUCUGAAAAGUGCUUUCGAAGGAGCCCUCACUGCAAGAGUCGCUGUGGAUAAAGAGACCGGAGCUUCAAAGCAGUUUGGUUUUGUGGAGUUUGAGAGUCAAGAAAAUUGCAAAGCUGUCAAAGAAGCCAUGCGAGACUGUGAGAUCGAUGGCAGCAAAGUGACUGUGGCUUACGCGAAUCCACAGACUGGAAAGGGAGAACAAGGCACCAAAGGAGGACCUCCCGGGGGUCAGACUGCAGGUCUGAGCAGAGGAGUGGAUUUAAAAACGCUGAUAAUAAAGAACCUUUCUGUGGAGACGACUGCAGAGACUCUGAAAAGUGCCGUAAAAGGGGCCGUCACUGCAAGAGUCACUCUGAAUAAAGAGACCGGAGUUUCAAAGAGGUUUGGUUUUGCGGAGUUUGAGAGUGAAGAAAGUUGCAAAGCUGCCAAAGAAGCCAUGCAAGGCUGUGAGAUCGAUGGCAGCAAAGUGACUGUGGCCUACGCAAAACCAAAGGGCGAGCCAACCCCAAAAACAGUCCUGGCUGGACCUCUCGUUGUUAAGCCUCCACGUCGGGGCAGAGAUCGAAUCGUCAGCACAGAAGUGGAUUUAAAAACGCUGGUAAUAAAGAACCUCGCUGAGACGACGACUGCAGAGACUCUGAAAAGUGCCGUCAAAGAAGCCCUCACUGCAAGAGUCAUUCUGGAUAAAGAUACCGGCGCUUCAAAGAGGUUCGGCUUUGUGGAGUUUGAGAGUGAAGAAAAUUGCAAAGCUGUCAAAGAAGCCAUGCAAGACUGUGAGAUCGAUGGCAGCAAAGUGACUUUGGCUUACGCAAAACCAAAGGGAGAGCACAGCAACAAAGGAGGCUUGGCUGGCAACAGAGCAGGAAGAAGACGUAGAGCCAAGACACCACAGGCAGCUGUGGAGCAAGUGGCAAAUAAAGGCUAACUUUGUACACGACUCUGACUUUGGGUGGAUGUACAGACAAAGUGUGUGAUGGUGUGAACAUGUUUGAACGUGUGUACAAUAUUGUUUGUCCUGACUGUGGAACACGUCAUUUUACUCGUCAUAUUUUCUAUUAAUUCAUAGCUACUAUGGAGACAUAAGUAAGAAGCCUGACUUGUUUAACAUUAUGCAGGUUUGUCAUGUGAAACGUUGCAGCUUGAAUCAGCUUGUAAACAUGUGAAGAUAAAGAUUUUAAAAAGUG